GAUCCAAGCAAACGAGACCUCUUCUCGCUCUCUCCGAAAAACUUGGUUUACAGAGAGAGUGAGAAAAUGGGAGGGUGUUCAUCCAGGUCAAUGCUGGAGACCGUGGAUCUCGAGGACGAGCUGGAUCCUCUUCCGGCACCGGAGAAUCAAGAGACUCCGGUCAACGUGGCUGAGAAGACCGAAGAGGAGACGUGCUCGAUCGACCUGGACGUCACACCCGAACUCGAUGUCGAACAGAUGAAACAAGAAGAGGUGGAGGUCGAGGAAGCUCAUGAAGCCGUGAACGUCACACCUGAACCUGAGCUCGAACAAGAAGAGGUGAAGGUCGAGGAAGCUCAAGAGGCUGCGAACGUCACACCCGAACUUGAGGUCGAGCAAGAAGAGGUGGAGGUCGAGGAAGCUCAAGAGGCUGCGAACGUCACACCCGAACUUGAGGUCGAGCAAGAAGAGGUGGAGGUCGAGGAAGCUCAAGAGGCUGCGAACGUCACACCCGAACUUGAGGUCGAGCAAGAAGAGGUGGAGGUCGAGGAAGCUCAAGAGGCUGCGAACGUCACACCCGAACUUGAGGUCGAGCAAGAAGAGGUGGAGGUCGAGGAAGCUCAUGAGGCCGCGAACAUCACACCCGAACUUGAGGUCGAACAAGAAGAGGUGAAGGUCGAAGAAGCUCAUGAAGCAGAGAAGGAAACAGCAACAACCGAAACCACCGCAGAAGAGAACGAAACACCCGAGGCGGAAGCUUCUCAAGCAGAAGAAAGCCGUGAACCCGAGGAGGAGGCCGAGACCAUAGAAGUCAAGGCAGAUGCAGAUGAGGCAACACAAGCCGAAGAGGAACAGAUUGAUGUUGAUGAGUCCGAAACCUUCGAGGAGGUUGAGAAUGACCCCGAGGAGGCCGUGGAGGAGGAGGAGCAAUUGCCUGAGACUCUGCGGUCGAGGGUUAGGGGGUGGAUUCAGGGUUCAAUCCACCGUUUUCCUCUUCCUUCACAAAUCUCUAAUUUCAAAAUUCCCUCUUUUUGAAGAAUCAUAGCUAACUAGCUAUUUGCUUCUUAUAGUAUAAACAUUUCAAGAUGGUGGUGGGUUGAGCUUUUAAGCUCGUGUGCAUCAUGUAAUUUUGUUGAAGUAACAUCUUAAUUAAUCAAUAUAUAGUUCUAACGAGGAAUCUUGUUUUAGGUGCACAUAUUAUAUAUUAUACGUGAGCGUUAUUCCUAAUUAAUUGA